UCUGAAGUAGCACACCAGCACAUUAAUGUGAAAGAACAAUUGUUAAAGAUAGACAUGCAUGAAAAGACUUAGAAAUGUUUGACCAUGCAAGGUACUGCUCGGCCAUCUUAAUCUUCACCAUUGAUUGCUUGCUGUUCACACAUGUAAAGGGCCAAAACUCCACCAGUGAUGAACCAGCCUCAGAAAUCAAAUAUGCUGUGAUAGGAGUAGGGAUUGGAUUUUUCUUCUCCAUCUGUUUUCUAGUAAUAAAAAUAUACAUCAUCAGGAAGCACAUGCAUGAGAAUGAUGAACUAGCACUAUCAUCAAGAAGAGCAUCUGUACGGAAUGUGGAUGUGGACAGGUGAAACGAUUGUGAUAUCCAGAGAACUUACAAAUUAACAAAAAGUUAAGCUCUCACGAACUAUUAAGAAUUUUAACAACUGUUUAUUUGUUCAUGACCGAUUUUAUAUUCAUCUUUAACCAAGAAAGUGGUGGUCAAGUGAAGUAUCAAAAUAUCAAAGCAUUUUCUGUUAGUAUUUUAUGUUAUUUAAUGAUUUUGAUACAUUAUGACUGCAAUGGAAAUUACAUUUCCU